ACAGAGGAAAAUCCCCACCAUUUCUUUUUAUGCUUCUUUAGAUAAACAAUCUAUGGAGAACACGCCUCUCACCCUUUAUAAGGUCCAAAACAUCGCUCUCUUCCAUUUGCUUCCAUUUCAACAAAAACCCAGAAGCUUAAAAAAAUAAAAGAAGGAAACUUGAAGACUCAUACUUUUUGUUUGUCUUUGGAGUCCAUUGUAGUUAGGAGAGUGCAUGGAGAUCGACAAAGCAAUUGGAGAAAGUGAUGAUAAAAGGCUCAAAACCAAAUACAACAAUGCCAUCCAUAUUAUUCAAAGAGCUCUCGCUCUGUACUCUAUUGAGGAGGUUGCAUUCAGUUUUAAUGGAGGAAAGGAUUCAACGGUUUUGCUGCAUCUGCUUAGGGCUGGCUAUUUUUUGUAUAAAGGGGGACAUAGCUGUUCUAAUGGGGGUUUGAAUAGUUUCCCAAUUCGAACAAUAUAUUUUGAAAGUUCUUCUGCUUUCCCUGAAAUCAAUUCAUUUACCCAUGAUACAGCCUCCAGCUAUGGUUUGCAACUGGAUAUCAUCAGCUCAGAUUUCAAAUCUGGAUUGGAAAAUCUAUUAAAGGCUAAUCCCAUUAGAGCUAUUUUCCUUGGUGUUCGAAUUGGUGACCCUACAGCGGUAGGUCAAGAACAGUUCUCUCCUAGUUCGCCUGGUUGGCCACCUUUUAUGAGGGUGAAUCCUAUCUUGGAUUGGUCUUACAGGGAUGUUUGGGCCUUUCUUUUGACCUGCAAAGUCCAGUAUUGCAGCCUUUAUGAUCAGGGAUAUACUUCAAUAGGGAGCAUACAUGACACUGUACCAAAUUCAUUGCUGUGUAUCAAUGACUCCAGUUGCAAGAAAAAAUUUAAACCUGCAUAUUUGCUUGCUGACGGAAGAUUAGAAAGAGCAGGAAGAGUUAAAAAGUUGUCUUCUCCCUUGAACACGCGUUUUCCUUCUGUUAGUGAUCUCCCAGACAGUGUGGACUCACAUAACAACAGUACGCUUGUAGCCUCAGUGAUUGCUGUAGGGGAUGAGAUUCUGUCUGGCACUGUUGAGGAUCAAUUGGGACCUUCUUUGUGUAGAAAGCUCCAUUCCAUUGGUUGGUCAGUAUCACAAACUGCUAUUGUCCGAAAUGAUAUUGAUUCUGUGGCUGAAGAAGUUGAGCAACAUAAAUCUACCAAUGAUAUGGUAUUUAUAUACGGAGGGGUAGGUCCAUUGCUCUCUGAUGUUACCUUAGCAGGUGUUGCAAAGGCUUUUGGGGUUCGCCUGGCUCCCGAUGAAGAAUUUGAAGAAUAUCUUAGGCAUCUUAUAGGUGAUCAUUGCACUGGCGAUCGAAAUGAGAUGGCUUUGUUGCCUGAAGGCAUCACUGAUCUACUGCAUCAUGAAAAGCUGCCAGUCCCUAUGAUUAAGUGCCAGAAUGUAAUCAUUCUUGCUGCAACAAACAUUGCCGAGCUGGAGAAUGAAUGGGCAUGUUUGACUGAAUCAACAAGAUCUUAUGGCCUACUAGCAAUGAUGGAACCAUUUGUAUCAAAACACUUGGCAACAAACCUUUCAGACGUGGAAAUUGCUCAACCUCUAUCAAAACUUUGCUUUGAAUUCCCUGAUAUUAAUAUUGGGGUUUAUCGCAAAUCUAGAAAUGGUUCUCGUAUAGUCAGUUUUGAAGGCAAGAAGCAAGCAAAAAUUGAUUCAGCUAUAGAAGUAUUAUGCAAGAAGUUCCAUCCAGGGGCAUUUUCAGAAAUUGACUGAGCCUAGUUCUCCUCAUCUAUGUAACUGUUCCCUUGGAAUCUUCAUAACCUGAUAGCUUAUUCAAUAAUUUGUACUUAGCAACACACAUGGAACAGAAGGUCACGGCGUUUGAUCAAAGGAUCAAAUUAAUGGGAAGAUUCUAAUUGACAAGGGGAAGAAAAGCCUAGAAGGAGAUAGAAAGAGGAAACUGCUGCCUCUUAACAGCACAGAGCAAAGGCCUUUUACAUGAGAAACAUAUUCAUUAUGGUUUAAAAGACAUUGUGUCAGCUUUUAGAUAAGAGCUGGAAAAAAUUAAUCAGCUCUGUUCAAGUAUUUAUUGUUGAACAACCUAAGAACAGUUAUUUUUGAAUUAUCAGUUUUAAGUUACUCCAUUUCAGGAGCUAUUUGCUGAAUGCCAAGUGCUACUUAUUUUACCUGA